CUCGGUAUUCUAGACCGGCCGAGAAGGCGGGGGAGCCUGUGCGCUGCCAGGUCCUCAGGAAGGGCGGGGAGAAGGGAAGAGAGCUGGCCUGGCCUUAGCAGUGCCACUUUCUCCGCCGUGUUUACAUCCGACGCCGCUGAUCCCGGGCUGCGCUUCUCAGCCUUGGCCUGUUCCCACGAAAACCUGCCUCGCUUCCCCAGGCCGGGUCAAUGCGGUGCUUUCCGGCGGGCUAUGGACACCAGCGACCUCUUUACCAGCUGCAAGAAGGGCGAUGUUUUCCGAGUGCGAUACCUUCUUGAACAGAGAGAUGUUGAAAUCAAUGUCCGGGAUAAAUGGGACAGUACCCCUUUAUAUUAUGCUUGUCUCUGUGGACACGAAGAGCUUGUACGGUACCUUCUAGCCAAUGGUGCAAAAUGUGAGGCAAACACCUUUGAUGGGGAGCGCUGUUUAUAUGGGGCCUUGAGUGAUGCUAUUCGUCGGGUGUUAAAGGAGUACAAACAGAUCACAGCAAAGUGCAUGAAGAGAGACUACUAUGAUGUGUUCCUUCAACGACUUCUGGAACAGGGUUACCAAAGUGACAUUGUCUUUAUUGUCCAUGGAAAAUCUUUUUGUGCCCAUCGCUGCAUACUCGGUGCCCGGAGCGCAUAUUUUGCUGAAAUGUUUGAGACAAAGUGGAAAGGGAAGAAUAUCAUAGCACUGAAGCACCCACUGAUCAACCCAGCUGCCUUUGGUUCUCUUCUGCAGUACCUCUAUACAGGCCGUUUAGACAUAGACGUAGAAUAUGUGAAUGACUGCAAAAGACUGGCAAAACAAUGUCGGCUCCAGGAUCUCAUUGAAGACUUGGAAACAAAGUGUAAAAAGGUGUAUGAAUUUGUCUCUUCCAAGCCAGGGACUUGUGUGAAGGUGCUGACGAUUGAGCCCCCAGGUAACUCACGGCUGCAGGAAGACCUGGCUCUGCUAGCAGACUGCGCCCUGCCAGCCAAACUCAGGGUAGGCUUUGGAGAGUUGCCUUUUGACAGCACUGACAACUUUAGCAGCUGUCCUGAUGUUUGUUUCCGGGUGGCACAAUACAAUUUCUUGUGUCACAAGGCAUUCUUCUGUGGCCGCAGUGACUAUUUCAAAGCCCUCCUAGAGGAUCACUUCUCUGAAAGUGAGGAGCUGCAAACCCAACCUAGUAUCCCUGUAGUGACUCUUCAUAACAUUUCGGAGGAAAUCUUCAUUAGGGUCCUCUACUACAUCUAUAGUGAUGACACAGAGCUGGCUCCUGAAAAUGCCUAUGAGGUGCUUUGUGUCGCAGACAUGUACCUGUUACCUGGGCUCAAACGACUGUGUGGGAGGACUUUGGCCCAGGUUCUUGAUGAGGACAGUGUUGUUAGCAUCUGGAAGAUUGCAAAGUUAUUCCAGGUGACCCGGCUGGAGGACCAGUGCACGGAGUACAUGGCAAAGAUCAUUGAGAAGUUAGUGGAGCUUGAGGAGUUUGCAGUGGCAGUGAAGGAGAAUGCUGAGGCAGUCGAGGAACGGCAGGAGACAGACUCCAUUCCUCUUGUUGACGACAUCCGCUUCCAUAUAACCAGCAAUGUGCAAACGUACAGUGCCAUUGAAGAAGCUAAUCAGAAACUGGAAGCUCUGGAUAAUCUUCUGGCCAGCAUAGGGCUCGAAUGCUAAUCUGGGACAUCGCCUUGUGUGACUUCACAGCACAGCAGUUCUGUCUCCUUGUCCCCUGGAUUUUGUAGCGCCUUUCCCUUUUUAUGCAUAAUUUCAGUUUCUGACUUUGCUAGUAUUCAGAGCAUUGCAUCCUGGUUUAUUUUUCUUCUCCCAAGGAUCAGGUCUCCAGACGCAGCUCAGAUUUGAAAACAUGGCCGUUGUACAUGACAGCGCUGAUGGGUGAUCUGCAAACCAAAUUUACUGAAUGUAUUAUUUGGCACAUUGUGAUGCUGCCAGAUGUUGCAGGCCAACAAUGCCUAGUGAAAAUUGGUGCAACCUGCAGAACAUUGGCACAACAUGUUCCUGCAAGAAAACUAAAGCAGAUUAUAUUCAAGGCAGGAAUGAAUUGGACUACCUUUUAUGAACCAUAUUUUACAGGGUAAUUGGGGAGAUAAGCACUUUUACAGGGUUACAGAGAUGUUGCAUUUGUGCAGUGGUAAAUACAUUUGCCUGCUGCUUGCCUUGCAGAAAUGUCUGUGACUAUUCAUCCUGCAACCUUAUUUUCCAGAUUAGCAUGAUGAGUAGAACCUUGGCUUUCUAAUCCAGAUGCCUUAUUCUUCAGCAAGCUCAUGUUUGUUCAGGUGUUGGUCUGCAUAUUAUUCCCCAUUUCUGCAAUUCUUACUGCAAUACAGUACAUUACCAAAUUGCAUGGCUUGACUUGAGUACAAACACUAGGUCCCCACCUCCUUUUUUGUUGCUUUUGUAGUGGUUUAGCAGGAACUUUAGUUAUAUAUCUGGUCCACUGCAAGCAUAGUUGUGACCCUUUUUAGAUUUCAUUGGACUUGGGGGAUUUAGUUCAGAUGUCCACAAAGUCUUCAAAUCCUGGUUUGGAGUAUGUGAGUGUAUGCGUGGCAUGCAGCAUUUUUUCCCCUUUUGUAAUUGAAGCUGAAAUUAGCCCUAUUCCAAUGUCGGUAUUGGAGGAUAGUAGUGGAAUUGUUAUGCAACCAUCUCUACCCCUUGAUGCACUCAAUACCUACACAUUUGAAAUCAUAUUUGCAUUUGAGCAUACAUGCAAAUAGCAUAAUUGUUACAUUGAAAAAUUGAGAGUCUACAAAUUGCAUGAUUCUGGCCUGCAUGUUGGAGUAUAGACAAGUUGGUCUCUAUGCAAAUGUAUUCAGUGUAUGGCUGUUGGGUGCACUGAGGGCAUGAGGCCAAGCAACACACACUUAAAAUAUGUAUACAUACACACACUGCUAACAUCUGCAUCAGGCUGUUGACAGUAGUGGAUAUGUCAGAUGAAUUGUUAUGGUAGCUAAAAGUUGUAAGAAAUCUAUCCUAAAAAGCCUAUCUGGGACAAGUGGGAUAUAGCCAUCACCCCUUUUCUGUGUGUUUAACAUCUCAGGACUGGUGAGUAUAUGCAUGCAAAGCAGUGGGUCAAGGACAUAGAAAUGCCUUCUGCUAAUGUUAGUUACGAGCUCUUCUGAUUGAUCUUUAUUAACCCACAUCAUUGUAAUGGGCUCAGACAUUGCACGCUGGGCUGGGGAAACUAAGCUAUUGGUGACCAGAGUCUUGAAGGAAACAAUGGCUCCCUACUAACCAGAGUGUGUCCUCUUUCCGCCUACCCUGUUCCCCAGUGAAAUAACAUGAGUUGGAGGAAACUGCAGUGUGGGCUGCAUAGUACUCAUCCUACAAAGUAUUUCUCUCUCUGCUGAGUUUAGUAAAGCAUCUGUUUUGCACAGUAAUGUACCAAGGCAUAUCCCUUAAGGCUACCAUGAGUUACUUGAUUUUUAAUGCAGACAACUCUUAAAAUCUCCUAGCAAGCACUACUCUGAGAUUUGGGCAAUUGGAGAAAAGCUUGGGGGGUGGGGGGGAAUUCAAGAAAGGGGUGUGUUGCUGAGCAUGGAACCUUUCCUAGCUAAAAUAAUGUAGGGGCUCUGCACCACAUUACCUCUUUAGAAUUAUGUGCUUUAUAGAUAAAAAAUGAUAAAGAAUUAGACGAGGCCCACUUUGGAUUAUCUUGGUAAUGUGAUGAUUGUUCAUACACAAAUACUACAUGACUUCAUCACUACAGUUGUAUUAGUAGAUGAACUUGUGGAGGUAUUGGUCUGGCAGAUGUGACACUGGGCUCUUAUUACUUCAACUUUCCAUAAAGUGAUAAGUAUUUGCAACCAAGGUGAGGUGAAGAACUUGUUUUGUUGUUUUCCAUUGUCAGAGCUGUGAUGAAGUGAGAAGCUUAUGUUGGGUAUUUUCCUAUCUGGUUUCUUAUUUUGACUUGAACGACAUAGAUGAUAUUGUUCAACCAUGUAAGCAGAGUCGGGGCUCACCAGGAGUUACUGCCUGCCAAGCUAGAGACCCAUCUUCCACUAAAUGCUUUGUGAUAGAAUGGGAAGAAGGAAAUAUGUGUGUCCCAGAUGAGGUACACUAGCAGGACAGAUUGAGUUUUUGUUGUCUUUCUCCAGAGACAUAUAUAAUAUUGCUUCCAUAUGGGCUCAUCUAAAGGAGUUGAGGCACUUAAACUCUGAGUUGGUCCAGUCUCUGCUGUGAAAUGCACAAACGUCCCAUUGCAAACUUGAGUCUCAAGUCUCUCUUGAGCCCACACAAUCUGUGCAACGUGUAGCCUAGUUUAAGGCACUAAAGCAGGAUGCAAGAACAAUAAGAGCCCAUGCAGUAUUUGACAAAUGAAACCUUCAUCUUGGCUUAGAGUUUUGAUGCUUUUGUCUCCUGGGUUUGUGCCAAGGAAAGCACACCUUUUAAAGGAAUGGUACAUAUUCAAAAUCAUGUGGAACUAUUAUGCAGGGGCAGCAAAUGAACAACCUGCCAAGGUAUUACUUUUCCUACAUUUCACCAAAAGUAAACUUGACAGUCAAGUUUGAUGCUAGAAUGUUUGGAACCUGGAUAGUCUGGGCAAAGAUCCUCUCCAUUUUGUCAUAGUAACAAUUUGGAAGGGCGCCUCUCUUAACAAAAGGGCAUCAUGUUGAAGGAGACCCAUAACUUUCUUAUUGUGCUGCUGAUUUCAUUCUGUUUUUUAGUCUUCCUGUUAUUAUGAAACAGGAUUCAGCUGGUUAUCUGGUGAAUUUAGCAAACUGGUUAUUAGCCUUUUUCUUUUAGUUGUAGAGCUAGUGAAAUAAUUUUCUGGGAUAAAAACAAAAUCAGUCAGGGUGGCCUUUCUAUUUUCCUGCCUAAUAACAAAGGUUUGCCCGGACUGUUAAGUAAGCUGAGAAAUUCAGAAUGGAUUGCCAUUGUGAAUAAAUUUGGUAGCUAUGUCUUUGAGUUCAUGUUCUUGGUGAAUUGUCCCACUUUGCCCUUUGCAAUCAUAGCUGGAGAGGAAACAUACCAGGAGCCACAUUUACUAGUGAAAGAUCACCUACUUUAAAUAAAAGGAAGGGAUUAUUGGGUUUCUAAUUUUAUUGAACUUGCUUUUCUUGGCAGUUGGUUAUAAUUGUUAUGCAAGGCAAUUUAAAUGCAGAUGGUCCCAUUUUGUUUACAUUGAUACCACCCUCUGCUGUUUUGUUAAAAAUAAAGAGAAUGUACAGCUUUUCAGAAUGGCAAUAUAUUUAAAAGCUUAAUAUAUAAGCAUGUGUGCAGCAAUAAAGAGUCUAUUUCAUUA